AUGUAUUCCGCAACCCGCUUCUCUCCAUCAGCAGCUACUGGUCAUUCUCGACAGGACGUAUCUCUCAUCCCCAUCGGCAUGCCGCAUAUCCUCUUUGCUCAGAACGUGUCACACGUUAUGGCCGUCCCUUCAAAGCCAUUUCAAUCAGAACUUGCUGGCCUUACCUGGAGAUACAUUACGCAACCGGCACACAAGAACGGACUGUUCAAGCAAGUCUCUUUGCUGAGGAGGAAGACAUGGAUCAGAUCCAUUCGACAGCCGAACUGUCAACAGAUGCCUACCACCACGAAGCCGUUGACAACCCUAGCCCAGCAGAGAUCGAUACGCGCAGCACUUCUGUUCUUUCUCCUCAAUAAUACUCCCCCAUACCUUUAUUAUUAUGUUGUUGUACCUUCCACCCCAAAAGCGACACGGUCGAAACUGCCCACUGGACCCAACCCACAGCAACGGCACGCCAUUGCAUGGCAACGAGGAUCAAGUCCAGACGUCGGAGUGACUGGUCGCAAGGCCUUCUGGGGGCUGUCGGCGAAAGCAGCACGCCACAGGGAUUCUGCAGUCGCCCUUCUUACGAAAACGUCUAUAUAUAAAUGCAGUGAUGAAGGGUUGGAGCGAUCGGAAGGUUCAGUGCUUCACUACCGUGCACAGGAACCAGAAUGGCAAGCAUCACAUGGCACUCAUCGCCCAGAAACAGACCGGGUAACUUCGCCAUCGACGUCGGCAUUCUCUGCCACUGCCCCAGACGUCUCUUUGACUUUCAGUCCUGGCCCCCUAGAGCAAUGA